GAAGGUGCUCUUUGCUUGGGGUUUCUGAAGUGCCACAAGUGAAGAAACUUGCUGCCCCACUGACAAUGGCUGAGUCGGAGGAGGAGGAUGCUGAGGCUUGGCUGCGGUUGAAGCCUGUGGAGCCCUUGCCCUCCCAGUGCUGCGGCAGUGGCUGCUCACCCUGUGUGUUUGACCUCUAUUACCGAGACCUCGAAAGAUGGGAAACAGCCCGAGCCAGAAAUGACAGGAGCCUGCUGAGUGGGAAGCAACCACCUGAGAGCCAGAUAUCCAUUGACUACCUAUUAUACCCCAGGCCCUAUAAGCCACUGAGGAUUUGUGAGUGAGCAAGGCAUAGUCCUUGCCCUCAAAAGACCACACUAACUUGGUACGAUACAGACAGGUUAACUGAAGGGAUAGACCUUUCUCCCUUCUCCUGCCUCCUGGGAAUCAGACAACUCAACUGCCACUGUGUAUCAUGGCCUACUCAUCAGCUAUAAGACCCGGGACCUCCCUUUUCUCUCUGAAGCCUGUAAGAGGAACCCCCACUUAGCUUCAUGAGCUUGAGCCUUCUUUGGAACUCCCGCCAUAAUAUCUGUCUCUGCUGUUAAUAACUCUGUUCUCAGAAGGACAGUCUACCCCAGCAUUCCUCCUGAAAUCCAAAACCUGAGACUUUUCAGGCCUCAGCCUCCCCAUAUGUGAUACAAGGAUGUUAGACUGGAUCGUCUCUAAGGCUCCCUCCGUUUUUCAACUCUCUAGAUCUGGAACUGACUAGAUCUGAAGGAUGAGCAGGUGUUUUGUACAGGGAAUACACUAUGAACAAUAAAGACGUUGAGGGCUGUUCUGCCAAGCUGAGUCCAGAGACUUUCCUGGCCUUCCACAUCAGCACCAUGGAGAAGGUCACCAAGGACACCUAUCUUGUCCGGUUUACACUACCCGGGAACAGUCGGCUUGGCCUGCAUCCUGGACAGCACCUCAUCCUAAGAGGUGUAGUAGACGGCUUAGAGAUUCAGAGAGCCUACACUCCCAUCAGCCCUGUCACUGCAGAAGGAUACUUUGACAUUUUAAUCAAGUGCUACCAGACCGGGCUGAUGUCCCGGUAUGUGGAGUCCUGGAGAACAGGAGACACAGCCUUCUGGCGAGGGCCUUUCGGAAGCUUCUCAUAUGAACCAAAGAAGCAUGGCGAGCUCCUCAUGCUGGCAGCCGGCACAGGCCUGGCCCCCAUGGUGCCUAUCCUGCAGAGCAUCACAGACAACGAAGAUGAUGAGACCUUUGUCACCUUGGUCGGCUGCUUCAAGACCUUCGAGGGCAUCUACCUGAAGACCUUCUUCCAGGAACAGGCCAGGUUCUGGAACGUGCGAACCUUCUUUGUCCUCAGUCAGGAGGUCUCCCCAGAACAGCUUCCCUGGAGCUACCGUGACAAGACCCAUUUUGGCCGCCUGGGCCAGGAGCUGGUUGCUGAACUGGUGGCCUGCUGCCGGAGAAAGCCGUUUACCUUAGUCUGUGGCUCACCUGCAUUUAAUGAGGACAUGGCUAGGUGUUUGCUGUCUGCUGGCCUGACUGAGGACUCCUACUUCCUCUUCUAGCCCUGGCCUUGGGCCUUAGUCAGGGGUACAGAGAGGAGCCCAGAGCAGAGUCAGAAGACAUGGAGUCCAGGCCUGGCCCUGCUGCUGACUUACCCAGAGACUUGGGCAAAUGUCAUCACCGUGGAACUUCCCUCCUGUCUGCUGCGUCCUGCUGUAUGGAGGGAGGCCAGCAGUUGUCAGGGAGUCAGGGAAGACGGCUCCAAGGGAGCCAAGCAAACGGAGUCCUACUGAGGCUCAGGCUGGUGGGGGUUGGAUAGGACAAGGGGUGAGGAGUCUCUUGUCCUCCCGGAGCCCAUCAGUGCCGAGAAAAUGACUUGGGGAAGCUCAGAGCUCUGGGAGGACCUGAACUUCUGUGCCUCCUGUGGGGUGAACCUGACUUGCUGAAGGCCUGGAGUCUAAGACCUGACCAUGUUCUCAGAUCAAGGCACUGCCCUGAAUCAUCUCUGUAUCCGUGACAAGUCUUUCCUGCCAUGAUCAGCCUCACGCUCAGUUUCUUUCCUGGCUCAGGAGGCCAGCUCAGAGUCCUUUUCCCACAAAAGAAGAGGAACAGAGGCAAAUGCCCCUCCCUCCUGCAGGCAGCCACAUAGCCCGAGCCUUCAGCUCUCGGUGCCCUGGCGACGGUUGCUAUGGAGAUCUAAAGAUAGAGCAGGAGUCAGGAGACCUGGGUCCCUCUCCCAGCUCUGCCCACUGAGUGGCUGCCGAUCCAGGUCCACCCAGCCCCCACCUCCACCUCCUCUAUCCUGAACGGGGCAUGCCCUCUCCAGGGAGCUCACUGCCCCUGGGCAUCACAUUGACUUAAUGAAUUCUGCUUUCCACAGCCUGGGCCCCAGUGUGCUGCGCCAGCACAGGCCAGAUACGGGCAGUCCCAGACUUCUAAUGCUCAGCAGUGGAAUGUUAGAAGCUGGGAGCCAGGAGCCUUCAGGAUUAGGCAUUUAUAACUAUGGAGUUGCACUCUCCCCACCUCCCCCACCCCCCAUAGCAGGGCUCAGAUGCCAGAGAACCCUGUCCAGCAGACUCUGUACAAAUGGGUGAACCAAGGCCUAUGAGUGACUCACCCAAGGUGAGUCCGAGACAGCUCUCCCUACAAGCUCCCCGUCACCCCCCCCCCCACACACACACACACAUACACACCUGUGGUUGUACACCAUGCUUUUCAAACUGUGCUCCACAGGCCACUGGGGAACCUUGCCUGGAUGGCAGCAGUAAAAGUGGCUGGAGGCAUCCCCAGAUCCCCUUCAAUCACAGAGGUCUGUUUUUACCUCAUCUUCAUGGGGCAUGGAGAAAUUUUUGUCAAAAUUGCCUUUUCUACCCGACCCUGAAAAAUCACAACAAAGAAGCCCCUGUUCACUGCAUAGCCGUGGGGAACAGCUGGGUGAUGGGAAGCCUGCAUGCUGCACCCCAGGGGCUUGGGACCUCUGUCGGGGUUCUACAGGGCAUUACAGUCACAUUAGGUGUGACUUCUCAGAACCAAGUGAGCAAAUUAAAGCUUCAUGAACAUUGGUCAGGACACUUUGUUUUGUCUGGCCCAGGUCCUCA